UCUUGAAUUGUGGGGAGGUACAAUCAUAGCAAGCACUGGUCACCGGUAAUCUAUUUCUCCGUCUCCGGCGAAAACAUGGUCUGGGGUCUCUUUCCCGUUGACCCCCUUUCAGAUAUCCUUUGUUGCUGUUUAACAAGGUGUGCAUCAUAUGAUAGGUGAAUAUGAAUACUAUAUCUCUGCAAAGGGAUUGUACAAAGUGGGUCGAAAAGGUUGUGACAUAAUUAUUACAAAGGACAAAGGAGUAUCUCGGAUCCAUGCAGAAAUAUCUGUGGAUGUAAUGACUUCCAUUAACCCCUCACAGAUUAAAUCUUCUAGUUCUUCAUGCAAAGUUCUUGUUUGGGAUUGCUCAAAGUAUGGUACCUUCAUUAAUAAAAACCUUGGCUCAAUGGAGAAAGUUCAUCAGUUCCCAAAUAAAGAAACCACUUUAAGAGAUGGUGACCUGAUCUCAUUUGGAACUGGAAAUGCAACCUACAGGUUUUCUUUUGUUCCACUAAUUUUCUGGGACUGCUGCUGGGAGACCUGCCAAGUGAAUCAUCCCCUUCAGGACAAAAUUUCAUCAAUUGGUGCCUGUAUUAUUCAUAAUUUUAGUCAAGAGUGCACUCAUGUACUUGUUGAUGAACCCAUGCCUUUGCGAGAAGAUCUACUUGAUGCUAUUGUGGCUAAGAAACCAUGUAUCCUUAGUAGUUGGGUUAAGUCAUUUGCAGAAGAAAACAUUCGCACUGAAAUUCCCAGCUGCAGUAACUAUUCUGCAACUCUAACAGUGGAAGGAGUAGCAGUAAAAGUUACAGAUCCAAAAACUCGUGAAAACUGUUUCAGAGGAUAUACUUUUGUAUUGGAUUCGACAAACAAGUAUAAAUUUGGGGCUCGGUUGCAGUCUUUACUGGAAGUUAGUGGAGCAAAGAUUCAAUCUAUUGAAGGCAUUAACUUAAGCAGCCAAGCACCAGAUCAUGAAGAAGAUAAUUGCAUUGUUUGUGUCAUCCCUGGAGGAUCAGCUGAGAAGUUUGGUUGCUUCAUUAAACUCAGUUCUGUAUCUAGAGUGAAUGAAAUGGACUUAAUUUCUGCUGUUUUAAGUGGACAACUGGAUCAUUCCAUUUUGAGAUCACCUUGUGUAGUUGUAUCAUCUUCAUGCUCCACAGAUGAGACAAUUGUAGCAGAUUCUGAAGCUGAAGUGGAUACAGUCACGUCGGUCCAUAAAACCGCUGCUGUAUGUUCUGAAGACCUAAUUGAAACUGUGAGUAAGAUUGACAGAACCACAGCUCAUGCUAAUACCAAUAAUUUUACAAGCUUUAGGCCUACUAGUGACGGUAUACCUGCCAAAAGAGAUAGUGCUGAUGAGUCUGAGAAUGGAAAUUCAGAUAUUAUUUAUAGCCAAGAUUUAUUUGUGCGAGAUAUAAAUGUGCUUCCUACCACAGCUUCUACAACAAACUGCAAAGGCUUAAACUUCAAACGCUUUAGAAAGAAAGGCACUCCAUCCGGGAACAGCUUUGACAACCUAAUUCCAUUCUCAAAGUAUCCAUAUCAAGAAUCUGACUAUAGGAGUGAGGAAAUUGUUGAGUCUGUGAAAGAAGAGAAAAAGAGAAAGAAAAUGGAAGCCAUUGCUGAAGACUUGUUUAACAAUGAAAAGGGGAGACAACGUGGUACUGCUGGUUCUCUACGAGGACUUCUUAGUCGUUGCUAAUAAAUAUGAGCUGCUAGCUCCGACAGGAAAAUAGAAGGGUCGACUACUUAGGCAUACUCUGAAAUGCCAUUUUUUUUUUUUUUUUUCAAUCUUAUGUAACAUGUUUAAAUCUGCAAAGUUUAUCAGAGAAAAUAUCCUGUCAAAUAGGUUGGUUGACUCUGCAAAACUAAUCAAAAUGGAAGUUAUUUUCUGUC